CGUCUCACGACUAUUGACAACUGCGUGGGCGCUUGGGGAUCCGUUCCGACCCACGACUGUUGCUCCCAGGGAUUGUUUAUCCCCGUAACGUCGGAACCACCAUCGUCAACCACCCAUCCUUCAGGACUCGAUUCCCCUGGGCUUGGCUGGUCAAUCUUCCCCUCCCCUGAAUUGUUUAUCCCUCAGCUGCAUAGCGAGGCUACUAUAUUCACCACCAUGUCGUCCGCCGGCACAUUUCGGGGAACCCCCAAUAAUACCAUCGGCCGAGGCAAGAUGCCCGAGUUCGAUUACAACAGCCCGUCUGGGUCUCACAUUCCUCGUCCCAAGCCAGAUUCUACUGUGGGACAAAGUGAUGUAGGAAGCAACGCAACGGCAGCCAGCAGACAACGACAAAACCAGUCAAAGCGAGAUGAGGCAAUUCGCAAAAAGAUGGAAGCGGACCUCAACAAGAAGCGUCAUCCUGUCCAGCGUGCUAGACACUCUCGUAAAGCCCCCCCAGGAACAGUGCUGGCCUUGAAACCCAGCUCGGCUCUUCAGGUCAAGCCUGGCAUGUCUGUCGCCGAGGCUGCACAGCUGAUGGCUGCCAAAAGGGAGGACUGCGUGCUCGUGACUGACGAUAACGAACGAAUCGCUGGUAUUUUCACCGCCAAAGAUCUUGCAUUCCGCGUUGUAGGAACUGGCUUGAAGGCCCGGGAAGUGACUAUUGCCGAGAUUAUGACAAAGAACCCUCUAUGCGCUCGUACCGAUACCAGUGCCACCGAUGCUCUUGAUCUGAUGGUUCGGAAAGGCUUCCGUCAUCUCCCUGUUAUGGACGAGAACCAGGAUAUCUCCGGUAUCCUAGAUAUCACCAAAUGCUUCUAUGAUGCCAUGGAGAAGCUUGAGCGUGCAUACAGCUCAUCCCGGAAGCUCUACGACGCGCUAGAAGGCGUUCAAUCCGAGCUGGGCUCCAGCCAGCCGCAGCAGAUCAUUCAGUAUGUCGAAGCCCUUCGACAGAAAAUGUCUGGCCCGACCCUCGAGUCUGUAUUAGACGGUUUGCCUCCAACUACGGUAUCUGUCCGAACAACGGUCAAGGAUGCUGCUGCCCUGAUGAAGGAACACCACACCACCGCACUUUUGGUUCAAGAUCAGGGAUCCAUCACUGGUAUUUUCACCAGCAAGGAUGUGGUUUUGCGUGUCAUCGCUCCUGGUCUUGACCCUGGUACUUGCAGUGUCGUUCGUGUGAUGACCCCUCACCCCGACUUUGCUCCAACCGACAUGAGCAUCCAAGCGGCUUUGCGCAAGAUGCACGAUGGACAUUACCUCAACCUCCCUGUCAUGAACGAGGCUGGUGAAAUUGUCGGUAUGGUUGAUGUUCUCAAAUUGACCUACGCUACUUUAGAGCAGAUCAACUCUAUGGGUACUGCGGACGACGAAGGCCCAGCCUGGAACAAGUUCUGGUUGUCUAUGGAUCACGAAUCUGACUCUAUGGUAUCUGGAGGUGCCAGUCACCGCCCUCACACUCCUCAUCGCUCCAUCUUGAGCCCCGAACCAUCAUCGAAGCCCGGUUUCGAACGAGGUGACAGUGUCUUGCCUAAUGACUCAGCCUCGCAUCAUGGCGACGAAGUUCACUCAGAAAUUGUGGAGCCGCAUCACGACGAAGUUCAGGCGCCAUUCCCAUUCAAAUUCAAGGCACCCAGCGGCCGUGUUCACCGGGUGAAUGUUGUUCUUUCAGAUGGUGUUGCUGCCCUUGUGAGCAGUGUUUCCGCCAAGCUUGGUCAGGAAGUCGAUGCUGUUGGUGGUGAGCCGUCCGUUGAGGAAGGAAAACUCAGCAGCACUGGAUUUGCGCUCAGCUAUCUUGAUAACGAGGGCGACACCGUAUCCAUCACAACCGACCAAGACCUUACAGACUCUGUUCACCAGGCAAGAAGCCUCCACCACGAAAAGGUCGACCUGUUCGUCCACGAUCCGUCUCAACCACCCAUCCCCGUCACUGUUGAUCCACAGCCCGCACUCUCAAAGCCUCCUACGCCCCCCGAGUCUGUUCUGCGCGAACGGGCCCCUAAGCAGGAGGAGGAUGAGCAGGACAGUGAAGACUAUGCCAGGUCGGGCAGAGCAAGUAGACAGUCGAUUUCUCAGCGUGCACCCGAAGAACAGCUUAUUGCAGUCUCUAGGAUGUCUUUACUCGCUCCAGAAAUUCACUCUGCCCUCGCGCUCCUCCUGCGGGGGUUGACUACACCCGACAACACCGUUCGAUCACAAGCAGAAGACCAGCUCAACAAUGACUGGGUUCAAAACCGUCCAGAUGUCCUUCUCAUGGGUCUGGCCGAACAGAUUCAGGGAGCAGAAGAGGCAGGGACGAGAUCUUUUGCCUCGGUCCUCUUUCGGCGCAUAGCCACCAAAGCCAUCAAAGACCCACGCUCUGGUGAGACCAAGGAGGUCUUUUCGACCCUGACUCCAGAACAACGCGUUGUGAUCAGAGAAAAGCUUGUAGCUUGUUUGAGUAGCGAAUCGCUCGCCGACGUGCGGAACAAGAUUGGAGAUGCUAUUGCCGAGAUUGCCCGUCAGUACACAGACAACGGCGACUCGUGGCCUGAGCUUCUCGCUGUUCUAUUCCAGGCCAGUCAAUCGACCGAAGCAGGAUUACGCGAGGCUUCAUUCCGUAUCUUUACGACAACGCCAAGCAUUAUCGAGAAACAACAUGAAGAUGCUGUCUUGAAUGUUUUCAGCAAGGGUUUCAAAGACGAUCACAUCGCAGUCCGAAUUGCUGCGAUGGAAGCUUUCUCUGCUUUGUUCCGCUCCAUCCCCAAGAAAUCUCAGUCGAAAUUCUUCCCUCUUAUUCCCGAUGUGCUGAAUAUAUUGCCCCCGCUUAAAGAAGCGGACGAGAGUGACGAGCUUUCCAAGGCUUUUGUGGCUUUGAUCGAGUUGGCUGAAAUAUCGCCCAAGAUGUUCAAGAAUCUUUACAACAACUUGGUCAAGUUCAGUAUUAGCGUGAUUGCUGAAAAGGAGCUCAGUGAUCAAGUCAGACAAAAUGCCCUGGAAUUGAUGGCCACCUUCGCCGACUAUGCCCCCAACAUGUGCAAAAAGGACCCAACAUAUGCGACAGAAAUGGUUACUCAAUGUUUGAGUUUGAUGACUGAUGUUGGCGCCGAUGAUGACGAUGCGUCGGAGUGGAAUGCCUCUGAAGAUCUCGAUCUCGAAGAGAGCGACUUGAACCACGUCGCUGGUGAGCAAGCGAUGGACCGUCUAGCUAACAAACUUGGCGGUGAAGUCAUCCUGCCUGCAACCUUCAACUGGAUACCUCGGAUGAUGUCUUCUACGGCCUGGAGAGAUCGCCAUGCUGCGUUGAUGGCAAUCUCCGCCAUCUCUGAGGGUUGCCGUGAUCUCAUGGUUAGCGAGCUCGACCACGUAUUGGACCUCGUCGUCCCAGCACUUCAAGACCCUCACCCACGUGUACGAUAUGCCGGAUGCAAUGCUCUUGGCCAGAUGAGCACCGAUUUCGCAGGAACUAUGCAGGAGAAAUACCACGCUAUUGUCUUGAAUCACAUUAUUCCAGUCCUCGACUCUCAAGAGCCCCGUGUGCAGGCUCAUGCCGCUGCUGCCUUGGUCAACUUUUGUGAAGAAGCUGAGAAGAACAUUCUUGAGCCCUACCUGGGACAGCUUCUGCAGCAUCUCCUCCAGCUCCUGCGUGGCGACAAGCGAUUCGUUCAGGAGCAAGCUCUCUCGACUAUUGCUACCAUAGCCGACUCGGCAGAGGCUGCGUUUGGCCAAUACUACGAUACAUUGAUGCCCUUGCUUUUCAAGGUUUUGCAGGAAGAGCAAUCCAAGGAGUACCGAUUAUUGCGUGCAAAGGCCAUGGAAUGUGCUACCUUGAUUGCACUAGCAGUCGGCAAGGAGAAGAUGGGUCAAGAUGCGAUGAACUUGGUGAACCUUCUUGGCAACAUUCAGCAAAAUAUCACAGAGGCGGACGACCCUCAGUCCCAAUACUUACUUCACUGCUGGGGCCGCAUGUGCCGAGUUCUCGGUCAAGACUUUGUGCCUUUCCUGGCUGCUGUCAUUCCUCCACUUCUUACUGUUGCAGCUGCUAAAGCAGAUAUACAGUUGCUGGAAGAUGAAGAUCAGGUUGAUCUCAUUGACCAAGAUGAGGGCUGGGAGCUUGUUCCAUUGCGCGGAAAACUCAUCGGUAUCAAGACGAGCGCACUUGAAGACAAGAACACGGCCAUCGAGCUUUUGACCGUUUACGCCCAAAUUUUGGAGGCCUCAUUCGAGCAAUAUGUGGCACAGACUUUGGAGAAGAUUGCUGUACCUGGUCUUGCAUUCUUCUUCCAUGACCCUGUCCGCAUUUCCUCUGCCAAGUUAAUUCCCCAUCUCCUCAAUUCGUAUAAGAAGGCCCACGGCGUACAAUCUCCAGGAUUUUUAGAUAUUUGGAACAAGGUUGCUAGCAGGAUCAUUGAGGUUCUUAGUGCAGAGCCUAACAUCGAUACCCUUGCGGAGAUGUUCCAGUGCUUCUACGAGUCAGUCGAGGUUGUUGGCAAGGACAGCCUCACUCAAGAGCACCUGCAGGCGUUCAUUGAAUCUGUGAAGUCUUCUCUUGAAGAUUACCAAUCUCGUGUGAAGGCUCGUGCUGAAGAAGAGGCCGAAGCAGAGGAGGGUGACGAAGACAACUUGUCCGUUGCUUAUGCGGUCGAGGACGACCAGACCCUCCUCAGCGACAUGAACAAGUCGUUCCACACAAUUUUCAAGCACCAAGGUUCAACAUUCUUGCCAGCCUGGCAACGUCUGCUUCCCGUCUAUGAUGCUUUCAUCGGUAGUGCUGAUCCAACACAACGCCAGUGGGCAACCUGCAUUGUUGACGACAUGGUUGAAUUUUGCGGACCAGACGCCUGGCAAUUCAAAGACCACAUUCUCCAGCCACUGCUGAACGGACUCUCAGAUGUCAACGGGCCUAACCGGCAAGCUGCCGCAUAUGGAGUCGGUGUUGCAGCCCAAAAGGGUGGCCCGGCGUUCAAUGAGUUUGUGGCCGCUAGUAUACCAGCCUUGUUCCAAGUCACACAACACCCGCAGGCAAGACUAGAAGAGCAUGUUUUUGCGACAGAGAAUGCCUCUGCAAGUAUUGCCAAGAUCCUGCAUUUUAACUCUGACAAAGUGCAAAAUCCUCAGGAAGUCGCAGCAAACUGGAUAAGCACGCUUCCAAUUACUUAUGACGAAGAGGCUGCUCCGUAUGCAUACUCUUUCCUGGCAGAACUAAUCAACCAGCAACACCCGGCGGUUUUCUCAAACGCCGACAAAGUGUUCGGAUACAUUGUCCAAGCGCUUGACCAUGAAACGCUCCAGGGUGAGACCGCCAAAAGAGUUGCUGAUGCAGCAAAACGAUUGGUUCAAGCAACGGGAGUAAAUGCGGACGCGAUUUUGGCUGGUGUGAACCCUGAUAACCAGGAGACUGUACGCAAAUAUUUCCAGUAA